AUGGCGAUAAAUAUUCGACGAAACAACCGAAUAGUGCCGCCAAUAAUCUGUUUCCUCACACUAUGUCUCUUGUGGCGGGUUUUAGAUUUCAAUGCUACGCAGUUGCUAAAGUCCAAUGAUGUCUCGUCAGCCACCAAGCAGGCGCCCCUGAAGUACUACCCGACAGAUCCGACCCGCCAACAAGCCCAAACGCCCGGAUCCGGCUCUGGGAUCACACAAAAUCUGACGAGCGACGAUGUGGUGCUGAUCCUCAAGACCGGCGGGACCGUGCUAUGGAGGCGGCUCCCGAUCCACCUGUCGACGACGUUUGCGCCGGAGCGCAUCAAUCCAAACAACACAGUCAUCUACGCCGACGUCGACGCCAGGCUCGGCCGCCACCACGUCGUCGACGUCCUCGCCUCUCUCCCAAAAUCCCUCCUCCAGUCUCCGUCGUUUGAAACGUACCGCGAGAUCCGCGACUGGCACGCCACAAACCACUACCUGGAACAGACAGGCCUGCCGGGCGACGUGAGCACGACCGAAGGCCCCUCGGGCGGCUGGCGGCUCGACAAGUUCAAAUUCCUCCCGCUGAUCCAGCGCGCCGGCCGGGACUUUCCCCACGCGCGUUGGUACGUGUACACCGAGGAUGAUACGUACCUCUUCCUCCCCAACGUGCUGCGCUACCUGUCCCGGUACGACCACAAACUUCCCCACUACCUCGGCGGGCUUGGUGAGAUGCUGGGAGUGACCUUUGCCCACGGCGGGUCCGGGUUUGCCCUCUCGCGCGGCGCGUGGGAGCAGUCGUUUGGAAAGGGUGGGGAUCUGGUCGCCAAGUACGCCUCGUUUGUGGAGGAGUCGUCGUUUGGUGACUAUGCGCUCGGCAAGGUCCUCAACGACUACGGGGUCUACCUCGGCGACGAGGUGACGAAUGAUAGGAAGGAAGGGGGUGCUUGGGGGUUUAAUGGGUUGCCGCACUGGAAGAAUGAAUUCUCGGAAGAGAACUGGUGCAAACCUGUGCUUUCAUGGCAUCACGUCCACAGUCGUGAUAUCGCCAUGUACUACGAGCUGGAGAAGUCGUGGGAUUUCGAGAAAACACUCACGUAUGGUGACUUCUACAAACACGCCAUCGCCCCGACGCUCACCAAACGUAAGCCUUGGUGGGACAACAUGUCGAGGCGACACCAUCUCACGCCCCAAUCGGUCCUCACGGCAGAGAUACCAAAGGACGUGCGUGACAGCUCAUCCUGGAUGCAAUCGUGGAAGUCGGAAAAGCUGUGCGAGGCGGCCUGUACGGAAUGGAAAUCGUGUGUGCAAUGGUAUUUUUACCAGUACGAGUGCAAACUGGACGACAGGUUUUGGCUGGGCUAUGGAUACCCCGAGACUUCGAGGCAUCGCAAGGAGAAGCUCGAGUCGAUUAGUGGCUGGCUCCCUGACAGGAUCAGCUCUUGGACUUGUACAUGA